AUGGCCCUCGAACGCGUCCUCGGCGGUUGGUGGUCGUCGGCCGCCAACCCGAGCCUCAAGGGCCACCAGCUGCUCAUCGUAUCGCCGACAGCGCCGGCGCCCGAGUGGGUGAGCAAGGUCAAGAAGGCGCACCGGGAUCUCGACGUUCAGCACAUCGACAUCAACCCGUGGACCAUCCACGCCGCGGCCGAGGCGCGCACUCGGGACAUUGACUGGUCCAAGGCCACAGUCUUGCUCACGGGCCCGCUUGUCCCGACCAUUGAGCAGGCGCCCCGGCUCGAGCUUGUCCAGCUUCAGAGCGCCGGCGCUAAUUACCUCUUGGACAAUCCGCUGUUCAAGGACACGGAUGUGGCAUUUUCAACGGCCAAUGGUGUUCAUGGCCCACAGAUUGCAGAGUGGGUGAUUACCACCUAUUUGAUGCACCAACAUGAACUGGCGCUUUACUUGGACCAGCAGAAGGAUGGCCAUUGGAACAGGGUCACAACGGCACUUCAAGACGCCGUUGGUGCUCGAGUUGGCAUUCUCGGAUACGGCAGUAUUGGUAGGCAGGUGGCCCGAGUCGCCAAGGCCCUCGGCAUGGAUGUUAUAGCCUAUACCAACGGCCGGCGCGCGACCCCGGAAUCGCGCAAGGACACUGGCUAUAUCGUACCAGGAACGGGCGACCCUGACGGCAUUUUCCCGUCCAAGUGGCUGUCAGGCGCCGACAACCAGUUUGAGGAGUUCCUAAGCUCGGACCUGGACGUGCUCGUCGUCUCGGUACCGCUCACGGCCAGCACCAAGGGCCUAAUCUCGGGACCCGAGUUCAAGCUCCUCGAGAAAAGAAAGACCUUCUUGUCCAACAUUGCCCGCGGCCCCAUUGUCGAUACCAAGGCCCUCAUUGGUGCGCUCGAGAAGGGACAAAUCCGCGGUGCGGCUCUCGACGUGACGGACCCGGAGCCCCUGCCCGAUGGACAUCCGCUGUGGAAGGCGCCCAAUGUCUUCAUCACACCGCACGUUAGCGGUGUUUCCAAUGACUAUAAUACCAGAGUCUAUGACAUACUUGCACUGAAUCUGCAGAGGUUGGCAGAAGGCAAAAAGGAGUUUGUCAACAAGGUAAAUAAGAAGGAAGGAUACUAG